GUGUCCUCUCUGGAGUUGGGGGAGGUUGAUGGCUACGAUUCAGUUGGUCCCGGUGAAAGUGAACUGGACAGCAUUUUUGGCUCUGGCCUAUUUCACAUACCUGCUGGUGGGAGCCAUCGUCUUCCAGAUACUGGAGCGAGAUGCUGAGAGCAACAGCAGAAACCACUUUCAACUGGAGAAGUUGCAUUUCUUGUCUAAUUAUACAUGUCUGGAUGGACCAGCACUGGAGAAGUUUGUUCAGGUUAUUUUAGAUGCCUGGGAAAAAGGAGUAAAUCCCUCAGGCAACUCAACAAACCCGAGUAACUGGGAUUUUAGCAGCUCCUUCUUCUUUGCAGGCACAGUAGUCACAACUAUAGGCUAUGGAAACCUCUCCCCAAGCACUGUGUCUGGCCAAGUGUUUUGUGUGUUUUACGCACUGUGUGGGAUUCCACUGAAUGUGGCUUUCCUCAAACAGCUGGGGAAGUGUCUCAGCAUACACGUGGGUCGACUAGAGAGGGGGAUAAUGUCAGUCGUUUCGCACAAGCAAGCAGUUGAGGCUUUGGCUGUGAGUUUAUUCUUCAUCAUUGGCAGCCUUCUGUUUCUGGUUGUCCCUCCUCUGCUGUUCAGUUACGUGGAAGACUGGACAUUUGGAGAGGGCUUCUAUUUCGCCUUCAUCACUCUCAGCACCAUCGGUUUUGGGGAUUAUGUGGUGGGGACUGACCCAGGGAAGGAGUACAUCUCUCUGUACCGCUGCCUUGCAGGCAUUUGGAUCAUCUUUGCCCUUGCCUGGCUUGCUCUUAUCCUCAACGUGGGAGCCAGAAUAAUGGAGAAAGUGGUUUUACUGACUCAUUCAAGCUUUAAGAAACAAGAGGAUGAAGAGGACGUGACAUCCACUAAACUAGAAGACGCGUCAAAGGUCUGACAGUGGACUGUAGAUAUGACCAUCACCAUUAUUGACUUGCUGCCAUAUGUGUAGAGCGUUUGUUUUCUGUACAGGCUGUAUUACCAGGUAGCAGCUAUUUGACUAUUAGCAAAACUAUUUUUGUAUGAUGUGUGUUCAUGUACUCACUGUGUGAUGAUUUGACUGGAAACAUUACAGCUGUUGUUUAGCAUUUCUACCUCAAUUAAGCCAAAGAGUACAGUCUGAAUCAGAAGAUAUGUUUAAUCAGCUAGGAGUCACGCAGUUACAAAAAAAAGAUUAACUGAUUUACGAUUAGUACUUGUAUCUACCUUUAAUUCCCACAUUUCUAAUUAGAUGUUAAGCAGAGGUGUCACUUCUAAGUUUUCAUUUCAUUUGCAUAAUGUCACACUGUAUAUUUUAUGAGUGUGUUUGUUUGCGUGUCUGUAAUUUGCUCAUGCACUGACGGUAAACCUCAGUGAAUUGAGCACAGAGGGCUAUCUUAAACAAACACAUUAAUCAAGUCAAUGAUGUGAACUGGAAAAAAGGGAGGACAGCUAUCAUCUGUCACCUUUUUUUUUUAGUUUGCUCAAAAACUGUCCAAACCUGGAAUGGAACUACGUAGACUAUGUCUUUCAUACAUCAGCUACAGAAAGUCUUUAAACCAUCAGGUUUUCAUGAUGUAAGAAAACAAAGGUGAGUCAUAUCAGGAUGAUUCAUUUAGAAAUUUACAACCUACGCAAUUGCACAAUAUGACACAAUUCCGAGGAAAAAAUACUCUGUCAGACUGUGCGGGCAUCUUCUGUGUCGGGCACUCUUCAGGUCCCCCACAGAUUUUCUAAAUUCAGGUCUCUUGUGAAGCAUUUUCUAAUGUUUUUCUUUUGAUCUGAUCUUUUGUCUCAUCUGUUUUGGAGGGACAUCUUAUGUUUUGAUGAACACAGGUGUGGACUCUUUCAAAUGAAUUUCCUGAGAUGUGAUUCUCAAUGCACAUAGUCAUAAGUUUUUUCUCUGAUAUGCAUCACAUUGGUUUCCAGUGUUCAAGUGACAUUUUUAGAAUAAAUGUACAAACGUUUGGAAAUGAUUUACUAUUGUUUGAUUGUAUUUUAUUUUUACAUAA